CACAAACUAUUUACCCACGAGGUUUUAUUUUGGAGCUCAAAAUUCACAAAAACUCUUAAAAUUCAAGGAUUUUUUACAAUUUACUGUUGAACAGAGAACAGAAAACAUUUUAAAAUGCCUCGAUCAAAACGGGAUAAGAAGAUUUCCCUCACAAAGACGGAUAAAAAAGGUGUUGGAAUGAAACAACAGAUUAUCGAAGACAUCCAAUCGUGUUGCACGAAAUACGACAACAUUUUCCUCUUUUCCGUCGAAAACAUGCGAAAUGCCAAACUCAAAGAAGUUCGCACGGAAUGGAAAGAUUCGCGUUUCUUCUUUGGCAAAAAUCGCGUCAUGCAAGUCGGUUUGAAGAAUUUCAUCGACAACGACGAUGCCGAUCAGAUAAAAACUCUCAACGAGCUCACAGAUCGUCUCACAGGACAAUGCGGGCUUUUAUUCACAAAUCGCGCUCGGGAUACAGUCCUCGAAUGGUUCGACAAUUACAGCGAAUCAGAUUACGCGCGUUCCGGAUUCAAAGCAACUGAAACAGUUUUACUUCCUGCCGGACCUUUGCCUGAAUUUUCGCAUGCUAUGGAACCGCAUCUGAGAACAGUUCUUGGAAUGCCAACAAAAUUGGAAAAGGGCAUCGUGACGUUGUACAAAGAGUUUUUAGUGUGUAAGGAAGGACAAGUUUUGACGCCGGAACAAGCGAAAAUCCUGAAACUCGUGUCGAAACAAAUGGCGGAAUUUAGACUCAAUAUCGAGUGUUGCUGGAUUAAAGAUAGCGGAUUCGAAGUUAUCAAGGAAAGACCGAAUGCGAAUGGAAAAGUUGCGAAGAAAAAGGCACCAAAGAAGAAGAAGGACAAGAAAAAGGGCAAAAAAGUUGAGAAAAAUGACGAAAAUGAGGAGAUGGAAAAAGAAGACGGAGAAGAAGCCAUGGAUCAAGAUGAUUCCGAUUAGUUUAGAAACUGAAUUCAUAUUUUUAUGAAAAAAAAUAAAAAAAAAUAUUUUUAAAAUUAUUACA